AAUUUAAAAGUGUAUCAUGUAAAUUAAGCAAUGCUUGGAUAUAUCUACACUUGCUGCCUGCUGUCCUGGUAUUUUGGAAGCUACAAGAAAAAAAGAUUAAGCAGUUUGGUCUCUUUUGUGGACAUGGCUCAGAUUUCCAACAACAGUGAAUUUAAACAAUGUUCAUCUUCACAUCCAGAACCAAUAAGAACCAAAGAUGUGAACAAAGCAGAAGCAUUACAGAUGGAAGCAGAAGCUUUAGCAAAACUGCAGAAGGAUAGACAAAUGACUGACAGUCCAAGAGGCUUUGAACUGUCUAGCAGCACCAGACAAAGAACACAAGGUUUUAACAAACAGGAUUAUGAUCUCAUGGUGUUUCCUGAGUUGGAUUCCCAAAAAAGAGCAGUAGAUAUUGAUGUAGAAAAGCUCACCCAAGCUGAACUUGAGAAGAUAUUGCUGGACGACAAUUUUGAAACUAGAAAAACCCCUGCGUUGCCAGUUACUCCUGUUCUGAGCCCUUCAUUUUCAACACAGCUGUAUCUUAGACCUAGUGUUCAAAGAGGCCAGUGGCCCCCUGGAUUAUGCGGGCCUUCCGCAUACACUUUACCUUCUAUUUAUCCUUCAGCAUACAGUAAACAGGCCACAUUCCAGAAUGGCUUCAGUCCAAGGAUGCCCACUUUUCCAUCAACAGAGUCUAUAUAUUUAAGACUUCCUGGACAGUCUCCAUAUUUUUCAUAUCCUUUGACACCUGCCACACCAUUUCAUCCACAAGGAUUACCAGUCUACCGGCCACUAGUCAGUCCUGACAUGGCAAAACUAUUUGACAAAAUAGCAAGUACCUCAGAAUUUUUAAAAAAUGGGAAAGCAAGGACUGAUUUGGAGAUAGCAAACUCGAAAGCUUCAGUCUGCAAUCUACAGAUAUCUCCAAAGUCUGAAGACAUCAAUAAGUUUGAUUGGUUAGAUUUGGAUCCUCUGAGUAAGCCUAAGGUAGACUAUGUGGAGGUGUUAGAACAUGAAGAGGAGAAGAAGAAUCCAGUUUUGCUAGCAGAGGAUCCUUGGGAUGCUGUUCUUCUUGAAGAGAGAUCUCCAAGUUGUCACCUAGAAAGAAAGGUGAAUGGAAAAUCCCUUUCUGGGGCAACUGUAACAAGAAGCCAGUCUUUAAUCAUUCGGACAGCUCAACUUAAAACCCAGGGCCAAGUAUCUCAGAAAGACCCAAAUGGGACCAGUAGUUUGCCAACUGGAAGUUCUCUUCUACAAGAAUUUGAAGUACAGAAUGACGAGGUGGCAGCUUUUUGUCAAUCCAUUAUGAAAUUGAAGACCAAAUUUCCAUAUACUGAUCAUUGCACAAAUCCAGGCUAUUUAUUAAGUCCAGUAACGGUGCAAAGAAACAUGUGUGGAGAAAAUGCCAGUGUGAAGGUCUCCAUUGAAAUUGAAGGGUUUCAACUACCAGUUACUUUUACAUGUGAUGUGAGUUCUACUGUAGAAAUAAUUAUAAUGCAAGCCCUUUGCUGGGUACAUGAUGACUUGAAUCAAGUGGAUGUUGGCAGCUACAUUCUGAAAGUUUGUGGUCAAGAGGAGGUUCUACAGAAUAAUCAUUGCCUUGGAAGUCACGAACAUAUUCAAAAUUGUCGAAAAUGGGACACAGAGAUUAAAUUACAGCUCUUGACCUUCAGUGCAAUGUGCCAGAAUCUGGCUCGAACAGCAGAAGAUGAUGAAGCACCUGUGGAUUUAAACAAAUACUUGUAUCAAAUAGAAAAACCUUAUAAAGAAGUCAUGACAAGACACCCUGUUGAAGAACUCUUAGAUUUCUAUCACUACCAAGUAGAACUGGCUCUUCAAACUGAAAACCAGCACCGAGCUGUUGAUCAAGUGAUUAAAGCAGUAAGAAAAAUUUGUAGUGCUUUAGAUGGGGUGGAGACCCCCUCCGUUACAGAAGCAGUGAAGAAGCUAAAGCGAGCAGUUAACCUUCCAAGGAAUAAAAGUGCUGAUGUGACUUCAUUAUCUGGAGGUGACAAUAGGAAGAACUCAACUAAGGGGUCACUGAAUCCUGAAAGUCCUGUUCAAGUAAGCAUGGAUCACCUAACGGCAGCAAUUUAUGAUCUUCUCAGGCUCCAUGCAAAUUCUAGUAGGAGUUCUACAGGCUGUUCCCAAGGUAGCAGGAACGUCAAGGAAGCAUGGACUGCAACAGAGCAGCUCCAGUUCACUGUCUAUGCUGCACACGGAAUUUCCAGUAACUGGGUAUCAAAUUAUGAAAAAUACUACUUGAUAUGUUCCCUGUCUCACAAUGGGAAGGAUCUUUUUAAACCUAUUCAGUCAAAGAAGGUUGGCACAUACAAGAAUUUCUUCUAUCUUAUUAAAUGGGAUGAACUAAUCAUUUUUCCUAUCCAGAUAUCGCAAUUGCCAUUAGAAUCAGUUCUUCAUCUUACUCUGUUUGGAGUUUUAAAUCAGAGCAGUGGAAGUUCCCCUGAUUCUAAUAAACAGAGAAAGGGGCCAGACGCUCUGGGCAAAGUUUCUUUAACUCUAUUUGAUUUUAAACGGUUUUUAAUGUGUGGAACUAAACUUCUCUACCUUUGGACUUCAUCACAUACAAAUUCUAUUCCUGGCGCAAUCCCAAAAAAAAGCUAUGUCAUGGAAAGAAUUGUGCUACAGGUUGAUUUUCCUUCUCCUGCAUUUGACAUUAUUUAUACAUCUCCUCAAAUUGAUAGAAACAUACAGCAAUACAAGUUGGAAACACUGGAGAGUGAUAUAAAGGGGAAACUUCUGGAUAUUAUUCACAGAGAUUCAUCAUUUGGACUUUCUAAAGAAGAUAAGGUCUUUUUGUGGGAAAACCGCUAUUAUUGCCUUAACCAUCCAAAUUGUCUUCCGAAGAUAUUAGCAAGUGCUCCAAACUGGAAGUGGGCUAAUCUUGCCAAAACUUACUCAUUGCUGCAUCAGUGGCCGCCAUUGUGCCCACUAGCUGCAUUGGAGCUCCUUGAUGCAAAAUUUGCUGAUCAGGAGGUGCGAUCACUUGCUGUGAGCUGGAUGGAGGCCAUUAGUGAUGAUGAGCUAGCAGAUCUUCUCCCACAGUUUGUACAGGCUUUGAAAUAUGAAAUUUAUUUGAAUAGUUCACUAGUGCGCUUCCUUCUGUCCAGGGCAUUGGGAAACAUCCAGAUAGCACACAGUUUGUAUUGGCUUCUCAAGGAUGCUUUGCAUGAUACACACUUUGGAAGCAGAUAUGAACAUGUGUUGGGUGCUCUCCUCUCUGUAGGAGGAAAAGGACUCAGAGAAGAGCUUUCUAAGCAGAUGAAACUUGUACAGCUUUUAGGAGGAGUGGCAGAAAAAGUAAGGCAGGCUAGUGGAUCAACGAGACAGGUCGUCCUCCAAAAGAGUAUGGAACGGGUACAAUCCUUUUUUCUGGGAAAUAAAUGCCGUCUUCCUCUCAAACCAAGUCUAGUGGCAAAAGAACUAAAUAUUAAGUCAUGUUCAUUCUUCAGUUCUAAUGCUAUGCCUCUGAAAGUCACAAUGGUGAAUGCUGAUCCUUUGGGAGAAGAAAUUAAUGUCAUGUUUAAGGUUGGUGAAGAUCUUCGGCAAGAUAUGUUAGCUUUACAGAUGAUAAAGAUUAUGGAUAAAAUCUGGCUUAAAGAGGGACUGGAUCUGAGGAUGGUAAUAUUCAAAUGCCUGUCAACUGGCCGAGAUCGAGGCAUGGUGGAGCUAGUUCCUGCGUCAGAUACCCUCAGGAAAAUCCAAGUGGAAUAUGGUGUAACAGGAUCCUUUAAAGAUAAACCACUUGCUGAGUGGCUGAGGAAAUACAAUCCUUCUGAAGAAGAAUAUGAAAAGGUGAUCAUUUUCAACAGGGACCGAGCUCCUUUCGUGCUUACAUCUGACAUGGCAUAUGUCAUUAAUGGAGGUGAAAAGCCUACCAUUCGUUUCCAGUUGUUUGUGGACCUCUGCUGUCAAGCCUACAACUUGAUAAGAAAGCAAACAAACCUCUUUCUAAACCUUCUCUCACUGAUGAUUCCUUCAGGAUUGCCAGAACUUACAAGUAUUCAGGAUUUGAAAUAUGUUAGAGAUGCACUUCAGCCACAAACUACAGAUGCUGAAGCUACUAUUUUCUUUACUAGGCUGAUUGAGUCAAGUUUGGGAAGCAUUGCCACAAAGUUUAAUUUCUUCAUUCAUAACCUUGCUCAGCUACGUUUUUCUGGCCUUCCUUCUAAUGAUGAGCCCAUCCUUUCAUUCGCACCAAAAACAUACUCCUUUAGACAAGACGGCCGGAUCAAGGAAGUCUCUGUUUUCACAUACCAUAAGAAAUACAACCCAGAUAAACACUAUAUUUAUGUGGUUCGAAUUCUGAGAGAAGGACACCUUGAACCAUCAUUUGUAUUCCGGACAUUUGAUGAAUUUCAGGAACUUCACAAUAAGCUCAGUAUUAUUUUUCCUCUUUGGAAAUUACCUGGCUUUCCUAAUAGGAUGGUUCUUGGAAGAACACACAUAAAAGAUGUAGCAGCCAAGAGGAAAAUUGAAUUAAACAGUUAUUUACAGAGUUUGAUGAAUGCAUCAACAGAUGUAGCAGAGUGUGAUCUUGUUUGUACUUUUUUCCACCCUUUACUUCGUGAUGAGAAAGCUGAAGGAAUAGCUAGGUCUGCAGGUGCAGUUCCCUUCAGCCCAACUCCAGGCCAAAUAGGAGGAGCAGUGAAGUUAUCUGUUUCUUACCGAAAUGGCACCCUCUUCAUCAUGGUGAUGCACAUCAAAGAUCUCGUGACUGAAGAUGGAGCUGACCCAAAUCCAUAUGUCAAAACAUACCUGCUUCCAGAUACCCACAAAACGUCAAAACGUAAAACCAAAAUUUCACGUAAAACUAGGAACCCAACAUUCAAUGAAAUGCUUGUAUAUAGUGGAUACAGCAAAGAAACUCUGAGACAGAGAGAACUUCAGCUGAGUGUACUCAGUUCAGAAUCUCUGCGGGAGAAUUUCUUCUUGGGUGGAAUAACCCUGCCACUGAAAGAUUUCAACUUGAGCAAAGAGACAGUUAAGUGGUAUCAGCUGACUGCGGCAACAUACCUAUAAACUUCCAACUUCUGAGCUUUGGAAGCAAGGAGUUAUAAAUGUAUGCACAUGUGAACUUUGUAUAAUUUCAUACUUUGGCAGAAAUUAUAAACUUAACAUGUUGGACCAACUGUCAGUCAUAUGACUAACUUUUAUAGAUUUUGGGAAGCCAUUGCUGUUUCAAAGUUAUUUUGUUGAAUGCUACCAAUCCCAAACUUAAUAUAUACUAAGUCCUGAAAAAGACUUUGACAUAAUACUGUGUCAUUUUGGUCACCUUGUCUGUACUCUUCCUACACAGACACAGCAAAUUGUUUUCUGUUAUGCACCUCACAGCCUUUACCACUGUGUAUGUUCACAGACACCAAAGGAAAGAUGCAGCUGCUACUCAACAGGCUGAAAAGCAAAGCACAAAUAGUAGUCAGAAUGCUAAGAACCACUAAGUAGAUUAUAGAAGUAGAAAAAAAUACUAUUUUUAUUCAUUGUUAAAACCUUUUCAGAGUAAGUGCCAAUCACUGAAGUUGUAAAUAAUAGUGCCUUAACUAUAUGCUUCACUGGCACUUCAUUUCUGAUUAAAGAGCAAGUAGUUUUCAUUCAUUUUCACCUUACUGAGGACAGAAUGUCAUGUACAUUUACUAAUGGUUUCUCCACAAAAAUACUAUUUCCUCUAUUCUGGUUGUUAUUUUCACAUUAAGCUAUUUAACUUAAUGUUUAUUGCCCAGUAAUUGAAUGAGAUUCAUUGAUAUUCUAAAUUGGUAUUCUAAAUUCUGUCAUUCCAUUAUAAUUUGUAAGGGUGUGAACUGAAAUUGGAGUUUCACUUCCAUGUAUUUAUACUUUAUUCCCUCAUUAAACAAAUGAAAAUUGUUCAGCUUUAUGCCAAUUUUUGUUUGGUAAGGUGCCCAGGCAGGAUAAGGAGUUAGGGUCCUGACUAAAUUUUAAUUUAGACAUUUAUGGAAGGUGUUGUGGUAAACUGUCCUGUAUUUGUAAACAUUGUACAUUCACAUGAAAGAAUUAUUUUCUAUAAUACAAUGAAAUCAAAAUUUCAAGAGAGAAGUGUGAAGUUACUGUGGAGUAGCCAUUAAGAAUAAGAUUCAUUUUUAAAGCCGGGUAUGGUGGUACACGCCUUUAAUCCCAGCACUUGGGAGGCAGAGGCAGGCGGAUUUCUGAGUUUGAGGCCAGCCUGGUCUACAAAGUGAGCUCCAGGACACCCAGGGCUAUACAGAGAAACCCUGACUCAAAAAAAAAAAAGGUUCAUUUUUAUUUCCCAUUUCAGACAUAAUUUUGUUUAGUUUUGAUAAACAUGUAUAUAUAAUAAAUUUCUUGGUUAGAAGUUCAAAUAUUUUUAGAAAGGUAAUAGAGAUGUAGCAGAUUUGGUAGUUAAGAGAAAACUGACAAACUACUUAAUUAAGGGUACCAAGAAAGGACAAUCUGAUUCAGUUCGCCAGAAUAAAAUUUUUAUGAAGUGUACAAAGUGAUUGACAGAAAUGAUGAUGCUUACAGAGUUAAAUUAAGAGUUAAGAGUGUUAUCAUUGGAAUACAUUUUUAAAAAAUCAAAACUUGAAAUAUUUGGUGCCUAACACUAUGGUCCAUUUGUAGGGAAACAUGUAUGAGUAUGUGAAUUUUUUAUAUUAAACUGUGUUGUCUACUUGAUAAUUGAAAUGAAGAUCUAAGCACCGUUGUUUGCUUUUUCCACAAUUAAUAUUUCCUUAAAUAGUUCUGCAGAUGUGAGUAGCACUAGAAUAUUUUUUUUUCUUUUGAGAGAAACCUAAUUCCAUUCCAUGAGUCACCUAGCUACUUUAAAAAAUGCUGUUUGUAAAAGGUGGUCACUGACUGGACUCAUGGACCUUUUUGUGAUCUGUUACCGUGUAUCUUAGCAGAAACAGAAUUAAAUUGUAAUGUCACUUCAGUGACAAGAAAUCUGAUUAAUAUCUAAAAGUAUAUAUUAUAAUUAAUACUGUAUAGUUAACAAGAAUUCAAAAGGUGAUAUUGUCUCUUAAUUUAACUCAAUUUGUGCCUUCUUUGGUCAUUAGAAUACAUAUAUUUUAAUAUAAGUUAUUUCUUUGUAAAUGCUAAUUUUCAGCCCAUACCAAAAAUAGAGUGAUAGGGAGGAGAGAGUAGCCUCUGUGCACUACAACUGCAGUCAAUUAUAGUCAGCUGGCUUUCUAAAGCAUCGUAACAGUUACCUUAAAGUAAAUCUGAAAAGAAAACGCUAAACAAACAGGCCAAGACACUAAUUUUUAUAUAUAUCAUAUUUAUAACUACCUUCAAGUAAAAAAUAAUUCUGCUACAUACAAGUCCUGUGCCAGAAUUCUUUGUUCUUGCCAGUGCUCUAGGAUCUGAAGAUGAUAGCUCAUCCCAAGAACCUGUUUUCUCUGAGGAAUCCAAUGAGAAUUGGCACCAAUGCUUUUUAUUACUGUGUUUAUGUGAAUGAGUUGUUAAAGCAUGUGUAUCUUUUUUAAGUACUUUUUUUUUCAAAUUAAAGUUGUAUAUAAAGUUCAGAAUCUUGCCUUAAAUUGUUUAAUUCUUUCUAAGACUCAUGAAUUGUAACAUUUAAAAAAAUUCACUUUUGAUAACUCAGAUUUUAAAAAAACACUGAAGACCUGCUAUUAUGAUAUAUUACUUACAUGCUGUUCACUAGCAAUGCAAAUAUGGAUGUGAUUACUAGUGUCACCUGUAAGAACAAAAUGCUUUAAUUAUAUCAGCAUAGUGAGUUAAGAUGUAUAAUAUUUUUAUUACUACUUGGAAUAUAUUCAUUGUAUUGAAUGUGACUUCAUAACUAUACUACAAUUAUAUUAAAAUAUUUCUGAA